AUGGCUGACAGAAAAGCAUAUGGUGUCAAACCAGCACCCGAUUUUGCAUGCCGAGUACGAUAUCAGCAUAUACCUCCGCCAUUGCCAUCACAUCCAGUGCGAUUUCAACUACCACGCACAAUAGACGGUUGUGAUCAAUAUGCUCGGGGUGCGGGCCUAGUACAGAAGCAUCCACUUCCUCUGCUAAUUGACAGUCAUCUUGGAAUGGCUGUUGACAUAAGCUCGUUACCUGAUGCACUAGUGGGUGAAGACAAUGAAGUAAAUCCGUCGACAUAUCAACAGAUCGAUCCAGACGACGAACCACUUUUUGCUCCACCCAGAGAUGCAAUUGAUAAACCAAGUCCAACAGGAUUGAAAAAAAAGGAACCCAAAUUUUGGCUGCGUCGAACGCAGUACAUCAGUUCAGAGAUAAUAAAUCAACAUAAACCAGCCGAGCGCACUGCAAAGGCAACAGAAAUCACGGAAAGGACGAGAGAGGAACAGAUACGGGCUAUCGAAAAGUCAUUUGAUUCCGUCAAUGAUGCUGAAAAGCUGAAGAAAUUGAAACACCCUACAAAGGCGGAUGUCCAUGUCGAAGAAAUAAUCCCCCUAUUUCCCGAUCUGAAAGAAAUGGAUAUGGCUCUAACACACUGUAGUUUUAACACUGAUCCGUUUGAAGGUGCCGAGGAGCGUUUGCGUAUGAUUAUACAAGGGAAGGAAGAACGCUUAGAGAAUGCGCUAAUGGUGCCAGUGGUAGUAAACGAAGAAAAAUUCCUAAUGCACUAUCUUCCUUCGGCAGAGACAGCGGAACUUAUUAAUCGAAAACGCAAAGCCGAGUCUGAUGCUGACUAUUUUGAUAAGUUGCACACAUACAUGUGGAUCCGUGACUAUAUAUACGAUAGCCACCGAGACGAUAAGAAAACCGGUCACCUUUCAUUUGUCUUUCGUGACGAUGACCUCGAGGACAAAUUCCGCAUGGAAUCAGACUCGGACAAAAUGGCAUAUUUCAAAGUGAUACAGGGAAGGUUGUUGUUAAAGCCGAGGCGACCAACGCAAGGGAACAAAUAUCCAGAGCAGUAUGGCAAAGCUUCACGUUUGCAAGCAAAAUUUAAGAAGAGCGAUGUUAAUGUGCAAGAAAAUGACUUGUAA